AUGGUGAAGAACCUUGGACUUAAUUACAAACGAAUUGAUGUGUGUCCUAAUGAUUGUAUGUUGUAUUGGAAAGAACGUGCAAAUGACAAGUUUUGCCAUGUUUGUAAAGCUUCUAGGUGGAAGUUAAAUGAGAAGCAAAAAGAAGAAGGUUCAUUGCCUGACGAAGGAGUUCCUACAAAAGUUCUGCGUUACUUUCCUCUUAAACCUCGUCUACAAAGGUUGUUCAUGUGCUCUAAGACGGCUAAACUCAUGACAUGGCAUGAAACUGAUCGCAAGAAAGAUGAAAAACUAAGGCAUCCUGCUGAUGGACAAGCUUGGAAAGAUUUCGAUGUUGCACAUCCUCAAUUUGCAAGUGAUUUUCGAAAUGUGAGGCUGGGUCUUACUACUGAUGGUUUUAACCCAUUCAGAACUAUGAGUAUGUCAUAUAGUAUUUGGCCUGUUGUUUUAUCCAUUUAUAAUUUGCCUUCUUGGUUAUAUAAUAAGUCCGAGUACAAUAUCAUUUCUUUGAUUGUACCUGGUCCUUCUUCUCCAGGUUAUGACAUUGAUGUUUACUUGCAACCAUUAAUCGAGGAAUUGAAGGAGUUAUGGAAAGUUGGAGUUGACACAUAUGAUGCUGUGAAAGAUGAAAUAUUUUCUUUAAAGGCAGCCUUGUUAUGGACAAUCAGUGACUUCCUUGCUUAUGUAAUGUUGUCCGGAUGGAGCACCAAAGGAGAAUUUGCCUGCCCAAAUUGCAAUCAUAAGACUUGGUCUAAAUACCUGAAGUAUAGCAAGAAAAUGUGUUACAUGGGACAUCGUAGCUCUUUGAAAGAAAAUCAUCCAUGGCGUCGUAAUAAGAGAGCUUUUGAUGGUAAUGUAGAGACAAGGCCUCCUCCUCCUGCCAGAUUCUCAGGUUCUGAGGAAACUAAUACCUUGCGUCAUAAUCUUGAUGUUAUGCACAUUGAGAAAAAUAUUUGUGACAGUGUGCUCGGUACUUUGUUUGAUAUCCCGGGAAAGACUAAGGACCAUGUGGCAGCACGCUUUGAUUUACAAGAAAUGGGUAUAAGAAAUGAACUCCAUCCAAAGAGAACAAAUAAUAGAGGGAAGCAUUUAUACUCUAAAGCCUGUUUUUCUUUAUCUUCAAGUGAAAAAGACCUCUUCUACGGUGUGAUAAAAGGUGCUAAGUUUCCCGAUGGUUGUGCAUCAAACAUCUCCAGAUGUGUCCAAUCCAAUGAGAGGAAAGUUGAUGGUUACAAGAGCCAUGAUGUGCACUUUAUGCUUCAUUAUUUGCUCCAAGUUGCUGUAAAGAAUACCUUGCCUAAUUCAAAGUUGAAUCGAGCACCUAGAAAUGAUGAUGAUGAUACUGCAUCCAAUGAAGAUGGAAGCCUUUUUCCUAAUGUUGGACGUCCUUUAGGUGUAAAAAAGAAAAACAAAGGCAAAAAGAUUUCUUUAGAUGAAGACACUUUGAUGAAAGCUCAUCGCUAUGUACUCUUUAAUUGUGAUGAAAUAAGUGAUUACAUAAGUGAACAUCAAGAUUUAGUGAAUCGUCAAAGAAGUCAAGGUAGACGGGGUAAGCGGAGUAGGUGGGCGAGAGCACAAGAACACAGUCAUGAUAUUGGAGCAUGGUUCAAGGACGGUGUAUGGGAAGAAAAUGUUUCCAAAGAAAUCAAGGCUUUAUCCCAAGGUCCUGACUAUACUGUGAGAAGUUUUAAAGGGUACCUAAUAAAUGGUAACAAAUUUCAUACAACUGCACAUGAGUCAAAAAGGAAAACUCAAUGUAGUGGAGUUACUGUAACAUCUUCAAUGUCGAGUUUUACAAGUUCCAGGGAUCAAAUUCCUGUUGUUGGGGACGUCAAAUAUUAUGGAGUGGUGGAGGAUAUCAUUGAGUUAGAUUAUUUUGGACAUUUCAAAGUGGUAUUGUUUCGCUGUAAAUGGUUUCAAGUGGAGCAAGAUGAGUUUGGGCUAACAUGUGCAAAUUUUAAAAGGUUAUGCUAUACUAAUGACCCUUUUGUGAUGGCUAAUCAAGUAAACCAAGCUUUUUAUGUGCAAGAUUCCAAAGAAAAGCAUUUGCAUUACGUUAUGGAAACUAUCCCCGGAGACUUGUUUGAUAUGAAUGAAGAAUCAAAUGGUGAUGUUGGAGUUUCUUAUUGGAAUGAAUCUGCUAGUGAUGAUGUUCGCCCAGGGGAAACUAUUUCUGAUGACUAUGAUGUUAGUUGGUUGAGAGAGGAUUUGCCUGCCACUACUGUUGAUGUUCCUGAAUACAUGUUGCAAGCAGAGCCGGAAAUUGAUGAAUCGGAUGAUGAAAUCGAGGACAAUACUCUAUGGGAUUUCAUGCAAGCAAGUGAAGAUGAAGCUUAG